CAUUCGGAUCAUUAGACAAGUGUCAAGUGGCGCGUGCGCAGUAGCCAGUUCCAGUAAUCAGUUGCAGUCCAGAGACCACACACCCACAGGCGUCCCCAACAUGAAGUGCUUUUUCGUUCUGGUUGCUGCCAGCCUGAUGCUGAGCUCAGUCUGGGCCGAGGACCCGGCGGCGGUGGAGCUGGCUGUAGAUGCACCUCUGGCCGAGGAUCAGGUGAGCGCGGCCAGCAGCUAUGCCCCGCUGCAGGAGAAGAAGCAGGAAAAGCGCUAUGUUGGUGGCUACGGUGGCUACGGUGGCUACGGCGGAUAUUCUGGCUAUGGCAGUGGCUACGGCAGCCCCCUGGGAGCGGGCUACGGAGCAGCAGGCUAUGGCAGCGGCGUGGGCGUUGGCGUUGGCGCCGGACUGGGCGUGGACAGCUACUACAAUCCGUACAGCUCCCGGUCGCUGGGAGGCCUAGGUGAGGAUGGCUCUGCAGUUGGCGGAUACGGAGGCUACGGCUCCGCCCUGGGUGGCUAUGGAUCUGCUUUGGGCGGCUACGGAUCCAGCUUGGGCGGCUACGGAUCCAGCUUGGCUGGUUUCGGCUCCGGCCUGGGCGGCGUCGGCGGUGUCGGCGGCUACGGAUCCUACAACUCGAAUCCCUACGCCCUGUCGUCGUACUACAAUGGGCGCCUGGGCAGCGGCCUCGGCGCUGGCACUGGAUAUCCCUACUACAACACGCGCUUCGGAGCCGGCGGCUAUCCCUCCAGCUACUACACAAGCAACUACGGCAACAGCGUCGUGGGCGGCGGCCUGGGCGCCCUGGCCGGUGGUGGCGUGCCGCCCAUCGGUUCCGGCUACAACUACGGAGCGGGCAUCUCGGGCACCGUCUACUAGGGUGGUGUUGUGCUACAUCCCCGGCACUCGACCUCCAUCCGUUCAUCCUCGCCCAUGCCCACGCCCACGCCCAACGCCCAACGCCCAACGUUCAGCAUCUAAGCUUAGUGGAAUUUAUCUCUAUUUUUUUUUUGUCUUCAAUUUUUUUUCUAACUUAAUUUGUAUUAAAAAAAAAAUGCAUAAAA